AUGAUCUCAGUCGGGCUACAGCUUGUGGGCUACAUCCUGGCGGGGCUGGGGUUGCUGGGCACAGUGAUCACCACGCUCCUACCCAGCUGGAAGAAAAACUCCUACAUUGGCUCCAGCAUCGUGACGGCAGUGGGCUUCACCCAGGGCCUUUGGAUGGAAUGUGCCAUACAAAGCACCGGAGUCACCCAGUGCGAUAGCUACAACUCCCUGCUGGCCCUGCCGUCCGACAUCCAGGCAGCUCAGGCUUUGAUGGUGACCUCCUGUGCCGUCUCCUCGCUGGCCUCUAUCGUUUCCGUGAUGGGGAUGAAGUGUACCAUCUUCGCUAAGGGCUCCUCUGCCAAAGACAGGGUAGCAGUGACAGGGGGUGUGAUCUUCAUCGUGGGGGGUGUGCUGUGCUUCAUCCCCGUGGUGUGGAGCACCCACGUGGUGCUGCGAGAUUUCUACAACCCGAUCCUCCCAGACAGCGCCAAGUAUGAGAUGGGGGAAGCGAUGUACCUGGGCAUUGUCUCAGCCUUGCUAACCCUCCUUGGCGGCUGCAUCCUCUCUGCAUCCUGCCCGCCCCGGCAGUCUGAGACAACCUACCAGAGCGCCUACCAAUCCAAAGCCCUGAUGACCUCCCAGCCAUCCAUCAGCCAUACUCAAAAACCUAAGAGUGAGUUCAAUGGCUACAACUUGACUGGGUACGUGUAGGAGCCCCGAGGCCUGGCCAACUCCCCAGCAGCAAGGCAGCCGGUAUCUAAAACCCUCACCUGCCUUGGGGACCACUCAGAAGGACUGGACUGGGGGAGGUAAGAGGAGAGGCCGAACCAAUCACUCGAGCUCGUCUCUCUCAUGCACUUGUCCUUGAAUCCCAAUUUCCACUGACCGACCGAUGCUCCCACAAGGCACUCAGCAGCUCGCAUGGACUAGGCUGGUUCUGGCCUUCUGCCGUAGCCCCCUCAAGUGGCAGGCAGCAAAACACAAGCCCAGGGGAGCGCUCUCCAUUGGGAACCCCCCUCUGCGCCAAGAGGAAGAGCAGCAUCCCAGAUGGCCGUCCGCAUGAGAGCAGCAAGUGCUCAGUCGGCACAGCAACAGAUGGACUUGUGGAACGCAGCCCCAGCACCUGGCUCUCGCAAGUGGUCACUGGCCUGCGUGCUCAUGUGCACUGGACACAGAACAAGGGGCAUGUUUGCCAAUGCCGCCCGCCUGCAGGUGAAGGACAGUGAAGAUGGGAGAGUGCAGUCACACAGCAGGUGGAAGAGCGUUUGACAGGGCGGUGGGUCAGGGGUGAGCUUGCUAGGGCUGGCCAUGAAGCACUUACUGUACUUUGGAGUGAUUUGGGGAGGGGGGUGGGGGGAAGAGGCAGCAGCUCUCCGGGA